UAUGAGUCGUCGGUGUGGCAGGACUGCGAGUAUUACUACCGUGCCAGCGUGCUAUAGGCUUGGCCCAUGUGAACUACCACUGCCGGACCAGUGGCUUGUGCAUACACAACUGUCGCAGUCAACGCAAUCGUCUCAAGCAUCGUUCUACUCCACAUCGCAAACCGGUGGCCAAAGUUUGGGUGGACUCGGUGGACUGUCAGCCUCAACACUGCCGUUACAACAGCAACAACAACAUUCCUCCAGUGUCCAGCAGCAGCAGCAGUCACCAGCUCAGUUGCAGAACCAAAUCAACGCGACGCAAUCAGCAGCCGCCGCCACAGCUACACCGGGAGCAGCUCCAGCAUCACAACUGCAGAGUCAGUCAAAAAUAAUGAAUGUCGUCGUACCAUCCGUGGCCUGUCCGCCUACUGCAUCGAAAAAGAUUCGCCGCAAACCAGACGCGAAGCAGCCACAGUCACAGAUCAAUAAGUGCAACAACGAGAAACGUCGCCGAGAGCUAGAAAAUGAGUACAUUGAACAACUUGGCGAGUUUCUGCAGAUCAAGCGGGAUAUGACCGCUUGCAAACCAGACAAAGCGGCGAUACUAAGUGAAGUUGUACGAACGUUUCGUCAUAUGCUAGAGCAAGGAAACCCGAAUCUUACUGGUUCGCGGUGUUCCAAAUGCUCACCGGAUUGUUCUGCUUCCUGUAAACUGCACCCGGUGCAACAGGGAGAAGUGUCAUCCACUGAACCGCCACUACCGGAACCCUCGGUAAACGGCCACUCGCCGGAAAAGUCAGCCUACUUCGAGGCGGUGCAACAUUACAUCUCGAACGUUGGCUGGGCCCUGCUAGAGAUCAACUCGGAGGGUGUGAUCGAAUGUGCCACGGAGAACGUCCGCGACGUAUUGCACUACUCGCGCACGGAACUUCACGGACAGUCUAUAUAUUCGUACCUGCAUACUGGUGAUCAUUCAAAGCUGAGUCCUAUUUUAAAUAAGAAUUCGUUUGAGCUAAACUGGGAUCAAAAUGAGAUGUUCUAUCAGACGCCAAAGCGUACCAUUCGUACUAAAAUUCGUUGGUUACUAAGGGCGCCAGAAGGGGCAAACGAAACGAUCGAGCAGAAGCAGCAGCGCUUGGAAAAGUACAAGGAUCUGCUCAUCAUCUCUGCUCCUGUGAAGGAUGAUACGGAGGAAUCGUCCUCGGUGCUUUGUCUAAUUACACUACCCGAGGACGAUCAGGCAACAAUAGAAACUACCACCAUGCCACAAACGCUGGACGAACAGCUAACAUUAAAGCUGGAUACUAGCGGUAACAUUAUAAAUUAUAACUCAUCGACCCUAAGGAAACAGUUUGCAGGAAAUUUUACCAAAGAAACCAUUCGGUCCAUCUACGACAUCUGCCACUACCAGGACCGGCCGCGAUUGAACGAGCACCUCAGCAAUGUACGCUCAUCCAACGGAACCCCGCACGAGUUGACCUAUCGUUUGCGUCUCGGUGGACCGGACGUGUACGUGCACGUGAAGACACAGUCGAAGCUCUUCCGCAGCACCAAACCAAACGAGUCCGACUUCAUAAUGGCCAUCUGUACCGUGCUGACGGAAAAUGAAGUCGCCAUGCUAUCAGCAGAUGGCGGUGGCAACACCAGUGGGGGAAUGGUGAUGGGUGGCGGUGACAGUAGUGGUGGCCUUAGUGCGGCAAUGAGCGGCAGCAACAUUAACAAUAACAAUGGCAGUAGCAGCAAUCCUACCUCAUCCUCAUCCAUGGGGCUGCUAAUGCCAAGCACGAGCAGCUCGGUGACAGGGGGCGGCCUAAACGGUGCCAACGACGUCGUAGCUCGUCACAUGGCCCAAAUCACACAGGGAGUUAGUAAUAUGGGUGGACCGCUAAUGUCGAGCGUGCUGAAUGGUGGUAGUGCCGGCAGUGGCAAUGCACCAAACACAUCCAGCAUGCUUGGUGGUUCGGUUGGAGGUAGUAUGACCGGAGGCAGUAUGUCCGGCGGUGGUAUGACGACGGGCCCCGGUGGAGGAGGAGGAGGAUCAUCGGGAACAUCGAUGGGCAUGGGUCCGGCGGUUUCGAUGAGCUCGAUAGUAUCGCCGCGAAGUAAUCCCAACUCAUCGUCGUUGCUGUGUGCGCCGUCCUCCGACAAUAGUAACUUCUUCAACACUGACUUUGAGCUCGAAUUUCCACAUUCCACGUUUGACAUGGAGGCUGUUGGUGUUGGGUGGGACUCACGGCCCGACUCGCGCACCAGCGUCACACCGGUCAGCACUCCUCGACCUCCGUCCGUCAGUGCGUACAGUCCAGCGGCCGCACCGAUGUGUGCGUCACCGAUGACGCCGUACUACUCAGGCAACACGAUGGGCGGCAUGCCUUCACCUUCCAACAAUGGCGGUGCGCCGGGAGGCAGCAGUAGUAGUGGUGGCGGCAACCUCAUCAAUCCUAGCUUAUCCUUGAACAACAAUAACAACAGUAAUACCAACAACAACAAUACUGGAACACCUUUCGGAGCGAACGCGUUUCAGUUUCCGUUCGAGGAUAGUAAGGAUAAGCUGCAGGACAUUCAGUCACAGCAGCAGCAGCAGCAACACCAUCAUCCCCAUAUGUCACCAAUGCAACAGCAUCAGUCUACGAUGCCAUCGCAGCAAAUGGUGCAACGGCAGCCGCAACAUCCACAACAGCAACAUCACCAACAGCAUCUACAGCAGCAUCUUCAGCAACAAACGCAGCAGCCACCAACGAAUACGCACGAUUCCGAACGGUUGCGGAAUCUGCUUACAACCAAACGACCUCACUCAAAUGCCUCAUCCUCAUCCGGGUUGGAUAUGGACCAUGACCAUCGGAAUCCGAAUCGUAUUUUGAAGGGCUUGCUAAAUUCCGAAGAAGAUAAGGAUAGUAAUGGCAAUAAAGUAAAUACCGCCUCUCUUUCACAACGUAUACCUCAAUCAGUUAGAACACCAGCGCAGGGUAGUAAUAAUGGUGGUGGUGGUGGUGGUGGUGUAAGUGGGCUCGGGUUAACAACCCGUGCAGCGGGAAAUGAGAAUAAUAAAUCCACUAGCAAUAAUAUGCUAUUACAGCUGCUCAACGACAAAAGUGACGACGACGAAAGUGACGCCCGCAACCGACAAGGUCCGAGCGAACUUCUCAAGCAGCUGCAAAAGGUUAAAGAUGAGCCAAAGGAGCAUAAUCAGUCGCCAAUGAACAACGAAGAACUCAUCCAGAUGCUACGGGUACAAAGUAAUGACCGUAAGCGGCCUUCGACCGAGCCAGACGAGGGUGCCGCGGUCAAGCGUACGGACAGUAGACCGUCAAAGUUGCGCGAACGCAACAAGAUGCUGGCCUCGUUGCUGGCCAACCCGGCCAAAGCACCGAUGCCAAUGCAAACGGCCAUGCCGUUCAAUCGCAUCAUCCCGGACAUACCAAACUCCGGCCUCGCUCGCCAGCUAGCGAACGUGUCGAGUUCAACGGCACCGAACCAAACGCUGAAUAAUAACAAUCUAACCACUAGCAACAAUAAUUUAAAACAAGUACAACAGCUGAACCAAAUGCGCCUCCAACAGCAGCAACAACAGCAGCAGCAGCAGAUGCGCAAAUCAGCUAUGCCUUCUCAAUCGCAGCAACCUCCAACAUCCUCCGAUAUCUACCUCAACCAUCAGCAACAGCAGCACCAUCAUCAACACCCCCAAGCGCACCAGCAACACCUGCAGCAGCAACAUCAUUCGCAACACCCGCAGCACCAUACAUCGCUGAUGCAGCAACAACAGCAGCAGCAGCAGCAGCAAAUGUUGGCCGCCCAACGGCAGCAAAACUUUUCGCCCGCGAUCCAGGACGCCGGUAUCGGGUCGGCCGGUGGCGGUAACGGUGCGUUUGCAACGUCUACGUCCGCCACCUCGACGCAACUCGUAACGGAGUGGGAUCCGGAGCUGAACGAAAUACUUAAUCACGUGAUUGAGAUUGCACCGGAGGGCGACUUUGCCGAAAGUGAACUCAACAGUAUCUUAGGCUUAAGUCCAAUUGAAUCGUCUACAUCGUCGGUUGUACCGUCGCAGUCGAGCCAACCGGAUAUUCAAGAAAAGUUGGCAAUCAAUGCCAUCCAGAAAUCGUUAAUGCAGUACGAAAAUGUAAGCUCUCCAUUACAACCGCAGCCUCAACCUCAGUUCAGUGGGAGUCCGCCGGCCUAUCCGAUGCACACGAUGGCCGGAGGUGCAAACAACGGUGCUGGUUCCGGCGGUGGCAGUGGCGGUGGCUCUGGUAGUAUGGGUCCUGUAGGUGGUCCACCCGGCAGUGGACCGACAGGAGGCCUGGUAGGUCCUGGUAGCGGAGGUCCGGGCGGAUCAGGCAACAGCAGCAGUGGUGGUGGUACGGGAGGUGGAGGUGGUCCAGGCCUUAAUCCUGGCACCAGUUUGCAACAGCAAUCGUCACAAGCGGGGCCAAAUCAAAACUUUACACCACCUCCCGUGUACACGCAGCGGAUGCGAAUACCACCGCAGGGUCAGAUGGGUAAUGCGAAUCCUGGGGUACCGCAAAAUUUGCUUGCAAUGCAGAAGCUGCAGCAUCAAAACCGGGACCGCAUUUUGCAGGAGCAGCAGCGAACGCGAUUGCUACAGCAGCAGCAAAAGCAGCAGAUGGUGGUUACGGUGAACCCGACGGCAAACUCAGACCUUGGUCCUCCAAACGUGACGCUGACGCGUGCAAAUAAUGUGCCGGAUUCACAGCUUAGUCCCGGAUUUUCGCCAGGUCUGAUGCAGCAACAGUUGAGUCCAAGUCAGAGAACGCAGCUUAGUCCGCAACAAGCAGGAUUCCAAGGCAACCCGUUCAACAACAAUCCAGGCCAUCGUCUAUCUCCUCAGCUACAGCAGAUGGUGUCCGGGUUUGGCAAUGCAGGUGGUAAUGUCAAUCAACAGCUAUCACCGCGCCAACCACCGUUCGGUGGUGGAGUUGGGGGCCAACCAGUCAACCAACCGAAUGUGGUCGUUUCGGGGCAAUCACCUCAGCAACAACAGCAACAACAGCAACAGCAGCAGCAACAACAACAGCAGCAACAGUGGCAACAGAACGCAAACGCAAGGCUUUCUAUUCAGCAACAAAAUCCUAUGCUGAAUGCUCAGCUUUCGUCCGUGGGAGGAUUUAAUCCGAAUGCUCCGAACCGGCAGUUUGUUGGACCACCUCAAAGGCAGCGCGGUACGCUUAAUAGUCCUGGAACGCCCCGGCAGCAAAAUGCGUUCGGUGGAACAAUGGUGGACGGUGGCGGGUUUCCGGGUCCACCCAGCCCCUCUCCUGUCGGCGUGUCCGCACCGAACUUUGCCAAUCCCGUCUAUGCCAACCAGCAGAUGAGGCUCCAGCGGCAGGGCAGUGUGCCUCCGCAAUCCACUCAACACUUGCCAGGAUCGCCCCGUUCCGCGUACGGUGGACAUGGGCCGGGUCCGGAUGCCACCGGUUACGGUAUGAUGUUCGGCAAUGCGGCAGCAAUGCAGCAGCAUACGGCGAGCUCACCAGGCGAUUUCUUCAAUCGCAGUCAAACUGGUCUCAACGGUGGUAUUAUCGGUGGUGGAAAUAGUGGCGGUGGCGGCGGCGGCGGCGGCGUCAGCGGAGGCGGCGUUGGAAAUGGAAUCGGUGCCAGUGGUUUAGGUCUUAGCAAUGGUACGAAUUCAAGUGGCCAAAGCCUUAACCAUUCGGAACUGGUGCGGCAGGAGCUAAGGGCCAUUGUUAGUGGCCGGGCACAACGGCCACCAUCGCACAGUAGUCCGAUGGGUCUGUCGCCCCUUGGAGGAAUGUCCCUGCCAAGCUGUAGCGAAGGUGGUGCGACCAGUGUUGUUGGUAGUAAUGGGGGACUGAAUGUCUCCAGCGUAGGCAGCAGCAACGGAAGUUGCGGCUCGAUCUCCAACAGCACAUCGUCAGGCAUGCUGAGUAGUGUCGGUAGUGGUGGUGGUGGUGGUAGUAAUAUGGGUGGAGGAGGAAGUACACGCACAUCCUUGUCCGAUUCCGGACCAUCCGCCGGGACGAUGAUGCUUCACAGCGGUAACACUUCCAGUGGCCUAGAUCCAUCGAUGCUGUUUAAUUUCCAUCUCACCCAGAAAGAGUUUUUCGGAGGAAACACGAGCCGGUGACCCGAGAAAUUCAUCCCUUCUUCUGCAAAAACUUCUGUCGGAUUG